AUGCAAAGUUGGAAGUUUCUCCCUAUGGAGCUGAAGUGGGAAUUUGAAGAAGGUCAACAGGUAUUCAAAGUUACCAACAACACAAAAGUCCGUUUCGCGAUCAAGGUCAGAUGCACAGACAACGAAUUAUACAGCGUCGCACCGGUAACAGAUUUUGUUGAUUCUGGCAAGGUCCUAACUAUUGCUGUAGUGCGAUCUAAAGGACCAUUGAAAAAGGACAAAUUAGUACUUUGCUCCAAACAGGUGUCGGCUGACGACAAAGAUGCUGCGGAAGUUUUCAAAACAGGAGUUCCAAAUGUUGAUGUUAUCAAGAUGGAUCAGCGCAUCAGAGUUUAA